AUGGCUGAAAACCCGACAUCAACCACUACCGGCAAUUCAAGUCACUCUAUUGAUCUCACAGGCCUGAAUCGAUCGUUGAGCUUUGUUCUCGAUGUGAAGGAAAGGCUGAAAGACAGCGAAAAAGAGCGCUAUGAAAAGUUUCUGGCAGCAUUUGCAAAAUACCAAGAGAGCACUGCGUCGUCUGCCUCAGUUUCGGCGGAGCAGGAAAACAAGGACACGCUGCGAGCUGAAGUGAACGAGGUUCUUGCCGGGCACGACGACUUGCUUGCCGAGUUCAAACAUCUAUCCCCAGAGUAG